CAUGGCAACGCCCGGUAAAUAAGCCACACACUGUUGGAGCAAAGUUUGCAGUGCAGCAGCAUCUAGUACGUGAGGUUUGUUGGAGUUGGAGGUUAGCAAAGCGUUUAAGAAGCGCGGUAGAAAAUACGCCUUUUAAAGAGGAAUUGGCGAAGAAGUCAAUCCUUUAAUUACACACAGUGUGUGCUCAACUGUUCAGCGAUUUCUUCAUCCAACAGAUUCAUCUGCAGCUAAGUAGAAGUGAGGUAAUCUACCAAAUCUUACACCCACCAUGGAGGACCAACCGAAGGCCGAAGGUGAGGCUGACAAAAAGAUUGUCCACGUAUACCCACUGGUCAAGUAUUCCGAUAUGAAUGACGAUGUCCGAGCCGAGGCGAUAGAAUUGAGCAUUACAGCGUGUGAGAAAUACGCACAAAACUACGAGGUUGCCGCUAAAACGAUUAAAGAGCUGAUGGACAAAAAGUUUGGCACCUUCUGGCAUGUGGUCGUCGGCGAAGGCUUCGGUUACGAGGUGUCGUACGAGACGAAGAACAUACUGUACCUGUUUUUCGGCGGCAACUUAGCGAUCGUGCUGUGGAAGUGUUCCUAAGCAACCGCUUAGGAUCAAUGGCGGCAUGGUUGUUUUUAUAAUAGUAGUCCAAUUGUUUCUAGUAUCGUGCAGCAGUAAGCAGCAAUGAAGGUUCCCAUUUUUCAAAUUCAAGAUAAAUACAGUCGCUGCUCUUUGUUGGCGAUUUGUUAAGUAAA